AUGGAGGGACCUUGUUUGGUGGCACCCGCCCAGGUGACCACCGCGAUGGAAACGACUUCGGCUGAUAAAGACCUGGCCGUCAUGAAGCAGCUUCAAAAGCACCAAGCGCAAGUAGAGGACCGCGGCGAAGAUGACGACUUGAAGGCCCUCUUUAGCGAGAUCUCGGGUGGAGAGCGUAAUGAGGAGGUCAGCAUCGAUCAGCUCCUGGGCCUACGUACUUAG